CUCCACUCACUCUCAUCACACUCGCAUUCUCAACAACGAACAACACUAAUAGAAAAGAAGAAUUCUAAUCGCCAUAACCCAAUUCAUAUAAAUAACCCAAUUCACUAAAUCAAAGCCAUUCGUAGUUAGUUACAAUUUUCAGAAUUUCCAAAAAUGUGUAUUCUUCCUAGCAAUCAAGCUCCAUCGCAAGAACCACCUUCUCCUUCUUUACCUGAACGAACUAACACCGAACCCCAACCUGAACCUAUCAACUCCGAACCUCAACCCCCACCCGAACCUGCUUCCGAGUCUCGCAAAAGAGCAAUGCCAGAACCCUGCACUUCCGAACCAAAUUCCAAACCUCACCACGAACCGAAACGUCAAGGUGUUUCUUCUGGUUCUACUCCACCACCAUCUCCGCCGCCGUCGCUGAUCACCGUCGAAUUCACAGAUGCUUUCGUGGAGGAUUUGUUCAAGUAUCUUCCGAUGCCGUUAGAUGAACUCAACCGUAAAAGUCCUUCUUCUAGGUCUAUUCUUCCACCACCACCACCGCCAACCUCUUUCGGCGAGGAUUUAUUCAAGUUUCUUCCGUCGACUUUGUUUGAUGAACCGCAACCGCUGAACACGGUCUUUCCUUCUUCUGAAGAAAAUGAACCGAUUCUUCUAUCUCCUGACAAAGAUUGGAGUCCUCCAGUUUCGAGCAAUAUUGAUGAAAGAAUCUCCGCUCUUGCCGACCCUAUCGAUCACGAGGAUGUUUUCGAUGCACCGUACCUUAAUUGCUGGGAUAAAAAAGUGAAUCUUCGUCGCCGUAAACUUUCUGCCGUCAUCUCCCCUUCCGUCAGUUACGUUUCCGUUGAUCAUUACGGUAAUACUGACGUACCAAUUGCGACACCUUUAUCAAGAUCGGUGGGAGCUGGAAUUGAGAACCUGAGAAAUACUUGUUUUAUGGCUGCGAUUCUUCAGUGCUUAACACAUACUGGACAAAUGUUUCUUGGUAUUCGUUAUUGCUUUCAUGAGACUCCAUGUAGUAGGGGUGGUUUCUGCGUUAUUUGUGCUUUCCGUGACCACAAUGACCGAGCUUUAGAUCCUUCUCGAAACACAAUUCAUCCAGCACUGUUUGUUCGUAAUGUGAACCAAUUUUCAGAUAAUUUUGUAGCGCAUAGCCAGGAGGAUGCUCAUGAGUUUAUGAUAUGUGCCUUGAAUAAACUAAAAAGUGCCUUUCCAGAAGGUCACAAUAAUCUAAUUGAACAAAUAUUUGGAGGCAAAACUGUUAGCCAACUUCGAUGUCGCAGCUGUGGUUUCUCUUCUGAUACCAUUGAGCCAAUAUUUGACUUGGGUUUAGCGGUAGAUAACGUGAGUACCGUUGAAAGGGCUCUGGACUCUUAUAUCAUGGUAGAAAAUAUGGAUGGGAUGUUUAAAUGUAGUGGCUGUCACCAAGAAGUAUACAUGGAGAAACAGCUUUUGAUUUAUAAGGCACCAGAAAUUGCAGUACUACAUUUGAAAAGGUUUAAAAAAGACGGAAGCACUUAUGGAAAGAUUCAAAAUCAUGUUUAUUUCACUCCGAAGUUGGAUUUGAAGCCUUAUACCUCUGCUAAAGGCAGGGAAGAUCCAAUUUUGAUGUAUCAUCUAUACGCGGUUGUUGUGCAUAGCGGAUCCAGAGCUAAUUCAGGGCAUUACUUUAGCUAUGUGCGUUCUGAUGAAGACACAUGGCAUUUGAUGGAUGACUCUAAGGUUUUAAGCGUUUCUGAAGAACAUGUCCUGGCUCAACCAGCAUACAUGCUGUUUUAUGCAAAACAAGGUACAGCCUGGUUCUCUAGUAUUUUGAAAACUGAAGAGAGAUCAGUUUUGAAAUCAAAAUCCAUAGACAACACACAGGAUUUUGGUAGUGGAGAAAAGAUUUUUUUUGAUCUUACGGAAGCAACUGAUGAUGAUUCGAUGCGGGGAAAUGAUAGCGAUUCGACGUAUGGAAUUGAUAGUGGUUCGACGUAUGGAAUUGAUACUGAUUCGCUCAAUGGGAAAGAGAAGACUGCGAGUGACAUGGAAGAAGAAGAAGAAUGUGAUUCGGCGGGUGCAAAUGAUAAGGAUUCCAAGGAUGCAGAUGAUAAUGAUUCCAAGGUUACAAAUGAGAAGUCUGGGAGUGGCAUGGAUGGAGAAGAAUGUGAUUUGGUAGAUGAUGAUAAGGAUUCCAAGGAUGCAGAUGAUAAUGAUUCCAAGGUUACAAUUGAGAAGUCUGUAACUGGCAUGGAUGGAGAAGAAUGUGAUUUGGUAGAUGCAAAUGAUGAUAAGGAUUCCAAGGAUGCAGAUGAUGAUGAUUCCAAGGUUAUAAAUGAGAAGUCUGCGAGUCGCAUGGAUGUAGAAGAAUGUGAUUUGGCGGAUGCAAAUGAUGAUAAGGAUUCCAAGGAUGCAGAUGAUGAUGAUUCCAAGGAUACAAAUGAGAAGUCUGUGAGUGGCAUGGAUGUAGAAGAAUGUGAUUUGUCGGGUGCAAAUGAUAAUGAUUCGAAGGAUGCAAGUGUGAAAUCUGUGAGUGGCAUGGAUGUAGUAGAAUGUGAUUUGUCGGAUGCAAAUGAUGAAAAUGAUUCCAAGGAUGCAGAUGAUAAAGAUUCCAAGGAUGCAAAUGAGAAGUCUGUGAGUGGCAUGGAUGGAGCUGAUGGUAAUGAUUCUAAGGAUGCAAAUGAUAAUGAUUCCAAUGUUACAAAUGAGAAGUCUGUGAAUGGCAUGGAUGUAGAAGAAUGUGAUUUGGCGGAUGCAAUUGAUAAGGACUCCAAGGAUGCAAAUGAUGAUAAUGAUUCCAAGGUUGCAAAUGAAAGGCUUGGGAGUGACAUGGAUGAAGACGAAAUGCAGGUGUGAUGUUGAACAGAAUUUCAUGCAAUGAGAUUAAAGACUAGUAUGGCUGGUUUUAAGGUUCCUCUUGAUGUAAAAAUUGUUGCAUAUCUCCCUUUACCUGUUACAUAAAAAUUGUCUGUAUUGAUGAAUAUAUGAUUUCCCUUGAUGUAAAAAUUGUUGAAUAUCUCCCUUUUUACCUGAUACAUAAAAAUUGUUUGGGUUGAUGAAUAUA